AUGAGAAUCAGAAAUUUUAUUUCAUGGUUUCAUGAUUAUGUACACACGUACAAUCUGUUUAUACCAGACGAAGAUGAUUAUGAAGAUGAUGAUGAUAAUUCAAUAGAUCCAACAAUACGUGUCAAGCAACAAAAACAUUCUACAUGGCUCUACAUUUUCCUUUUCAUUAUUUCUCUCUACGUGUUGUUCUUCAUCGCAUUGUUAAGUCCAACAAGUCGCACCGUUACCAUUUCAAAUCUAACUCCAUCACUCUUUGAUCAACUUCAUCAUGAACAUGGUGAAACACUCUCAUGUCCAUGUUCAACUAUUACCAUACCUUAUAGCACUUUCGUUACAAAUAUGGUCUCAUUUCAUCCUGUAUGUUCGAGCGUUUUUGUUAGUAGAGAAUGGAUUGAAGGAUUUUAUCUACCAGCAGCCAAUGCAUAUUUAUUGGCGGAUUUUCGAACAACAGCAUUUUCUCAGUUCGAAUUGUUAGCUGCUCUUUGUUCAAUCUCGAAUGAUAUCGUUUCAAAAGCACUAUUAGAUAUUCAGAAUAAUCAGCUUGUUACAGUUGAACUUCUCGAAGAAGAAGAUAUUCAAUUACAAGUAGACGCCAUGGUUGAACUUGUUCAAGCAACAGCAUAUGUUCAACUUACUUCAUUUUUACAAUUUGUCCAAAUGAUGUAUCGUUCUAAUACUCUCGUGUCUGCUUUUGGGACGAAUGCAUUUGUUCAAAUAGGCACUUAUGGACUAUCUAUCACUCCUACGUAUCAAAUUAAUCCAAACAAAAGUAUUGGUCUCGCAUUAAACGCUUUAAGUUGCAGUGAAAAGACCAUGGUGACUCCAGCUGUUUUCUAUCUUCAACCAUUAGAUACGGCCGUGUUUGAUCAUACAAAUUGGCCUGUUUACUCUGCUCUCGGUAUUGCUUAUUCAAAUCAUUCUGCAAGCGCCGACGGAUUCUUUGGAGGAUGUUUUCCUCUGGAUGCUGUUCUAGCAAGUACACUUGAUUGUUCUAUUCUUUGUCUUCUUCUUUUUAAUUCACUCAAAAGUCAAACAGUUACAAUCAUUGAAAAAAAUCCAUCGUUAACUAAAUACAAUCAGUUACAAAUCUUAUAUCCAGAUACACUUACAUGUCCUUGUGCAAAUACUACAAUGCCUUAUGAGACAUUUGUUUCAUUAUCUCCCAUUUUUCAUCAAGUAUGCUCAAGUAAUUUAAUUAACGAAUCAUGGAUUUCACUACUAUCGAGUAGCGAUGUGGCGGAUGUAAAGGGUGGUUCAUGGAUUGGUAAAGCUGCUCAGUACUUUGGAUUACUAUCCAGUAUUUGUCAACUAGCUAGUUUGACAGCUACCGAUAAUAUUCAUAAUUUUUUUGCACGCACUUUUGUUACUUCCUAUGUGCUUAUCGAAACAGACUUCAAUAUUCAAGUAAAUACAACUGUCAAGCAACUGACUGAAUCAAUUGUGAUCAGUUUUAAUCUUUUCAAUAGUAUGACACGUCUUUUCAUGCAGGCGGAUCAGCCAAUAAUAAUAUUACCAAAUUCUCAAGUAAUAUCAAAUUAUAUAAAUACUACAGCCGGUACUAGUAAUCCAGAAGCACUACACUUUAAAUUUCGUUUCAAUACUAUCACAAAGGACAUUUCGGUUCCGGACGGCCCAAUAUGCCAAUGUGUUGUUGAUCCCAAUUGUCAAGGACCAAUCGAUUUCGCAAUUCAGAAUGCAAUUGGUAUUUUACGAUUACCUGGUCUUCAUCCUAUAUAUGUCGCUAGUGAUUACAAGGCACCUGGGUUAGUUGAUGGAUGUUAUACUGUUGAUUUACUUCUUUUAUCAACACUCCAAUGUUUCUAUGCAGAUUCCGAUUGUAUGAAUCAGCUUUUGUAUCAUAUAAAUACAACAUAUGUGUCGCCUACACCUGAUCCCAAUUCGUAUGCACAUCCAUUAAUAUAUAACCAAACAUCAACUCGUUUUCCUCCAAAUACUUCAGUUUCAUCGAUAGUUGAAGAAAUGAUGAUUGAACAAUGGAAUACAUCAUUAUCAUUUUCUAAUUAUUAUAAAGCAUGUGCACCAACUUAUUGUACUUAUACUCAAAUAAAACAUGCAGAAACUUUUAGCAAACUGUUAGUAACAAUGAUUUCUACAGUUGGUGGUCUUGCUAUGGCAUUACGACUAAUUACAUUCCAAUUCGUCAAGAUUGUUUUUAGUUUAUUUCAAAAGAAAACGAAGAAACAACAACAAGUUCGUCGAAAAUUACUUGAUCGAUUUAAGGUGUUAUUAUCUAAACUAAUAACAUUUUUAUCUAUAAAAGUGUUGAAUUUAAAUAUAUUUCCUGCACGAACAUUCGGAAGUAAGAUCGACCGAAUCUUGGUGAAACAUCUUGGUCAAUGGUCAACUCGUCUUUAUCUUAUUCUUCUAAGCAUUACUUUUGUUAUUUUAACUCUUUAUACACUUAUUCAACCACAAACAUUGACCAAAUCCUUUCCAACACCAUCAUUAAAUUUCUAUCAGAAUCUAAUGAAUGAUCAUAGUGAUGAACUUGAAUGUCCAUGUUCAUUGAUUUCAUCUCCAUAUGAUGGAUAUGUUCAAAUUCAACCGAUAUUUCAUCAGAUUUGUUCAAGUGAUUUGAUUUCAAAUGAAUGGAGAUUAAAUAUCACAGCAAAUUUAAUUUCUAAUUUGUCUGCUUAUAAUCAAAGAGAUUAUCGUCUAUUUCUCUCUACUCACUUACAACUUUUAAAUGGAUUAUGCCAACUCUCCAUGCAAACAGUAAAUCAAUCUAUUCAACAAUCUUUAUCUUCACUGAUGGUUACUAAACAAUUGCUAUCAGAAGAGAAUUUUAAUUUACAUAUUAAUUCAAUGAUUAAUGAAGCAAAAUUCAAUGCUCCUUCAACAUUCAUUCGUCUACUUUCGUUACUUCGAGCUACAAAUCAUGGAAAUGCAAUUGUCUCAUCGUAUGGAACUAAUUAUCAAUACAAAGCUUCUGUUUAUGAUUUACGUCAGACUACUUUAUAUACUCAAGCGAUGAUAUAUGAUGAUAAUUGUUCAUGUCAGUUAAAUUCUACUUGUAUUAUUAAUGCUUCGUUUAUCGAAAUAAAUUCGAUACAAUCUAUAACGAUUAAAGGUUUGAAAAUGGGUUGUACACCGAGUGAAUCAUUGUUGGCAUCAACUCUUGAAUGUUUUUAUGAUCAAUCAUGUAUUAAUCUUAUUCAAACAAUGACAGGAUACAACAAAAAUAUCACUCCGAUUCCUCUCAACAUAACCAAUAGUCGAUUUCUAAUGAAUAUGACUGUGAUGAAUCUUAUCAACGAUCUAUUUGUUGAAAAAUGGUCAGCAAUACUGAAUUAUUCAUCAUAUUUUUAUAAAUGUUCACCAAUGAUCUGUUCAUAUACAUAUAUUCAACAAUUGAAUUCUUUCUAUACAUUGACUUAUUUUCUUGGUUUAUAUGGUGGUUUAACUAUCGUUCUCAAAUGGAUCUCUCCGAAAAUUGUUUAUUUGGUGAACAAAACUUACCAACGUCGAAAGAAAACAACCAAUUCAAUCAAACCAAUACCUGCUAUUGAAAGUGUAGCUAUUGAGAGCAACAUUGAAAUAAUCGACGCAAAUAAUAUCAGUGAUACUACUGCUUCUUCACAAUCGUUACAGACAGUAUCAACACAUUCGAAAAGUUUAUUUUCAGUAUCAUCACAUUAUUGGAUCUUUGGUUUAAUAGGAUUUAUACUUGUGACAAUAGGCAUUCUGGUUCCAUUUAUUUAUGUUCUUCAAGAAAGAAAGAACCGUUCCGCAUCAGCAGGUAUGAUAUUCUUAAUGAUUCUCAUCAUCGAGUAA